GCUUGCGUCUUCCGAUAAGUUCAGCAGCUUAUGGCAGAGGGAGUCCUUUUCCAUCGACACCUAUAAUGCCAACCGAAGUGAACCAAUGUCCCCCAUUGAGUUCUUAUUCUCCAGCGCCAUCUGAGUGGAGAAAGAGAAGUCAUGCUAUUCCAGUUAUUGAACCUCGUUAUGAGUCUCAAGGUGGCUACCCUGUAGUACAUGGUUAUCCUUAUUAUCCACAUGGACACAGUCAUUACAUUCCUGUCUGUGAAAGAGGCUAUGAGUCCGCUUAUGACUCCUCUCCUGAUCGUGAAAUUCCACCAAGCUAUCCAACAUCUUCAGGAAGACGAAUCGAGCCUCAAAAAUCAUUUGGUGACUACAACCCCCCCUGGUAUGAUGAUCCCGGAUAUUACAGGAGUCACGUCUACAAAUCUAGGUCAGUGUUUAAAUCUACGAAUAUUAGCACGGACAUUCGAGACCGGUCGGUGCUUCGUAUAAACGAGCAAAGUGUUAAUGGCGAGGAAGGGUUCAACAGCAGCUGUGAUCAGGAAUUAAGUUACUUCUCGGAACCAGAGUUAGACUCUGAGUAUCAUCACCAGCAUAUUCACCGAGCAAAGGUAGAUUAA